UUCCACGAAGCAUGAUAAUGAAAUAUGGGCAAUUUUCUCUGUUUUGGAAAUCGAUCAUCAUCAACAUCAUCAUCAUUCUAAUGAAGAACUUUUGGGCAUUAGCUAUAUUUUCUACUCUCUCAUCAUCGAUCAUAGGAUCUAUUGCUCAAUCAGCAGGCACUGGAUGCUGCACUCAAUUCAAAAUCUGCGGCCAAACAUUUGCUUACUGCGCCACCGGCUGUCAGAUCCAAUGCACCUCCGCCGGCGAGCCCCCCCAAUCUUCCAGCGAGGGCGAUAUGAACAUCACCACACUAAUCUCGAGAAACCUCUUCGACCAAAUGUUGAAACACAGGAACGACGACAACUGCCCCGGGAAAGGGUUCUACACUUACGACUCUUUCAUUGCCGCCGUCAAAUCGUUUAACGAUUUCGCCUCCACCGGAGACAUCAACACAAGGAAGAGAGAAAUCGCCGCCUUCCUAGCCCAAACUUCGCAUGAAACUACCGGUGGGUGGAUUUCAGCGCCGGAUGGUCCAUAUGCUUGGGGAUACUGCUAUAUUCAAGAACAGAGCGAAACUCUUGCCUACUGUGAUGAAUCAGCUUCGAAAUGGCCAUGGGCUCCGGGGAAGAAAUAUUUUGGGCGCGGCCCGAUUCAAAUUACUUACAAUUUCAACUAUGGGUUGGCUGGUCAAGCUAUUGGGAUCGAUCUCCUGAAAAACCCAGAUUUGGUUGCGACGGACGCGAUCGUAUCUUUCAAGACGGCGCUGUGGUUCUGGAUGACGCCGGUUUCGUCUAAUCGGUCGUGCCAUGACGUCAUGACGGCGGCGAAUACGGCGGAUGGAAUGGUGGCCGGAUACGGUGGGACUACGAAGAUCAUUAAUGGUGGGACCGAGUGUGGAAAGGGAGGGGCGGCGGCGGCUCAAGAGAGCAGGAUUGGAUUCUAUAAGAGAUAUUGUGAUCUUCUUAAGGUAGGUUAUGGCAAUAACCUAGAGUGUUAAGUUAUGCUUCUUGUUUCUUUUUUUGAUAUGGCUAUGUAAUUUUUAUUUAUGUAAAACAACAAAUCUACCCAUAUAAAAUUAGUUAAUAAUAAUAAUAAUGAAAACAUAUAG